GAUCUGAUUUUAACAGCUACAGGUUCAGUGUGGUGAGCCCUGACGCCUCCUGCCCGUCCCUCUCCGAGCACUGCGGCGGCCAUGGCCGCCUCCGCUUCCGAGGUCGGGCCGAUGAUGGCGAAGGUGGCUCUGGAGUGCGGCGGCGACAUCUCGGCGUCCCAGGAGGACAUCCUCGCCAACUCCCCCUUCCUCGGCGCCGCCAACGCCCCCUCCGCCUCUCAGGCGCGGGGGGACGAGGAGGAGGAGGAGGAGGUCUUCGCCACCCCUCCCGAGCUCCCCCAGCAAGAGCCCAUCACCAUGUGCAGCCUCCCCUUCACCCCCAGCCCCUCCCAGCCCCACUCGCCCUCGCCGCCUCCCUCCGACGACGACGCCGCCAGACCUCGCCGGAAGCCUAGGGUUUGCACCAGGAAGGUCAGGGGCUCCAAGACCAAGAUCAGCACCCCGGCCCCGAGCCCAACCCCAACCCCGAGUCCCAAGCAACAGCCAGAGCAACCACCCCGUGCCGUCGUCGAUCCUCUCUACAGGGCGAUGCUCAUGAUCCCCACCGCCACCGCCGCCGCCGCCGCCACCACCAGCAAGCAGGAUCCCUUGGAGGACUUCCUCGCGCUCGCCCGCCAGCGCGGCAUCUUCUAGCCACCCACCCAUAUCCAUUACCGCCAGUGCAGUGCAGUGCAGGGGUGCAUUCUCCUCCGUUUGGUGUCACUGGGCCGCCUUGGAACUUGAUGCCGUCUGUCAUUCGGUGAUGCUAUCAAAUGGACAGAACCCGGUAGCGCCUUUUCGGUGAUUUAGGUAGAUAGCCAUGAGAAUUUUGCCGAUGGUAGUAGUUAUCACUUAGCGAAUUUCAGUCAUGUUGUCAGCAUUUCUUAUGCUUCGCUGUUUUGGUGUUCAGUGCCAUGGCCAAGCACCAGGAGACAGUCAUGCCUACGAAGACACAUAUGUAGAUAGAUACUAGGUUACAGCAAUUCGAAACUUCCUAUCUCUCCUCCCUUCGCCAUUUUGCCAUUCCAGUGCUUGUGAAGUGUGCUGGUUCUCUACUCGCAGUUCCGCACCUAAAAAUAUGAGCCUGUUUCAGCUUUCAAUGAAUGGUGACUGCUACUUUUGUGCAAA